AGGACACCAAAAACGAUGAAUAUGACCCGCCGACUGUUCUGUCUAAGGAAACACUAACGUCCUCUGGGCUGUUGACAGCACUGACGCCAACACAACAAGAGGACAAGAAUACAGUGAAGGGACAUAAAGGUCAGAAACAGCAAGGCAGGAGUACUGCUUCUGAACGAAGUGGUCAAGUAGAACGGCG